UCACAUGCCUCUGCCUUGCAAGCUUUCCAAACACGCCACCCAGGCCCUGCAACACUCUCCCCCCACCUUAGCUCCUCCCCAAGCCGGCAGGAGCUUCGCGAGGCAGAAAGGGGGAACAGACGCCGCCCGCCGGCUUUGCCAGCGACUACAAAUCCCGACAGCCUCGGCGCGACGCAGGCGCACGGAGCUCAACGUGCCUGCUGCUGGAAAAGUGUGUCACUGGGGCACGAGGCGCUCCCCGGGAUCACAUGGUACCUGCUCCAGUGCCGCGUGCGGCCCGGGAACCCUGGGUUGCUGGCGCCUGCGCAGAGCCUUCUGUCCCAGGGAAAAAGGCUGGGGCAAAAGGCGGCUGAGAUUGGCAGAGUGAAAUAUUGCUGCCGAGGGAACGUAGCAGGGCACACGUCUCGCUGCUUUGCGCCUGGGCGCCCCGUUUCUCCCCAUCACCUACUUACUUCCUGACUGCAGCCUCUCUCCCACUGGGACUUUUGCACCGGGAGAUCCAGAUUCUCUGCCCUGCAGUGCUGCGGAGCCGACUGGCAGUGGCACCCCGGGCACUGCAGAGACGCGACCCUCCUCGAUGCCUUCUAGCCCGAACUACUGCAGCUGAUCCCCCGUUCCCCUUCCCCCACACUCUCUCUGCUCUUCCCGUGCAAAGCAGACCUCCGCGGCCUCGGCGUCCCACCCUUCUGCAGGCUUGCAGCCCGGCUACCCCAAGACCUUGGUGCAAGGUGCCUCGGAUCCGGGUCGUAAACCGCGGGGUGCUCCCCGCCCUCAGCCAGUGUCCCGGGGAAGACAGCCGCAAUUGCAACCUCCAAUCUGUGUCAAGGUCCAGUUUGAAUGACCACUCUCAGCCGGUGAGGACAUGACGACCCUGGAUUCCAACAACAACACAGGUGGCGUCAUCACCUACAUCGGCUCCAGCGGUUCCUCCCCGAGCGGCACCAGCCCAGAGUCCUUGUACAGCGACAGUUCCAAUGGCAGCUUCCAGUCCCUGACCCCAGGCUGCCCAGCUUACUUCCCACCGUCCCCGACUGGCUCCCUCACCCAGGACCCCGCACGCACUUUCGGGAGCAUGCCACCCAGCCUGUCGGAGGAGGGCCCCCCUUCUUCGUCCUCCUCUUUCUACAAUGGAAAUCCCCCAGGAGGCCUGCAAGUGGCCCUGGAAGACAGCAGUCGAGUGUCCCCCAGCAAGAACACAGGCAACAUCACCAAGCUGAACGGCAUGGUGCUGCUGUGCAAAGUGUGCGGGGACGUGGCCUCCGGCUUCCACUACGGCGUGCACGCCUGUGAGGGCUGCAAGGGCUUCUUCCGCAGGAGCAUCCAGCAGAACAUCCAGUACAAGAGGUGUCUGAAGAACGAGAACUGCUCCAUCGUCCGCAUCAACCGCAACCGCUGCCAGCAGUGCCGCUUCAAGAAGUGUCUGUCCGUGGGCAUGUCUCGGGAUGCUGUGCGUUUCGGGCGCAUCCCCAAGCGGGAGAAGCAGCGGAUGUUGGCGGAGAUGCAGAGUGCCAUGAACCUGGCCAACAACCAGCGGAGUGGCCAGUGCCCACCGGCCGGCUCACCCACCCCGCCCCCGCCCCCAGGCCCCCUGGGCACCACGCCUCCCCCCCUGGUGGGCUUCUCCCAGUUCCCUCAGCAGCUGACGCCCCCCCGAUCCCCAAGUCCGGAGCCCACCGUGGAGGAUGUGAUCUCUCAGGUGGCCCGGGCCCACCGGGAGAUCUUCACCUAUGCCCACGACAAGCUGGGUACCUCCCCGGGCACCUUCAAUGCCAACCAUGCCUCCAACAGUCCUCCGGCCAGCACCCCACAUCGAUGGGAGAGUCCGGGUGGCCCGCCGGCCACCAAUGACAACGCUCUGGCCGCCCAGCGCCACAACGAGGCCCUGAAUGGUUUGCGCCCAGCCCCCUCCUCCUACCCUCCCACCUGGCCCCCUGGCCCUGCCCACCACAGCUGCCACCAGCCCAAUGGCAAUGGGCACCGUCUCUGCCCCACCCACGUGUACUCAGCCCCAGAAACCGAAGCACCGGCCAACAGUCUGCGGCAGGGCCACUCUAAGAACAUUCUGCUGGCGUGCCCCAUGAACAUGUACCCGCACGGGCGCAGCGGGCGGACCGUGCAGGAGAUCUGGGAGGAUUUCUCCAUGAGCUUCACUCCCGCCGUGCGCGAGGUGGUCGAGUUCGCCAAGCACAUCCCCGGCUUCCGUGACCUUUCUCAGCACGACCAGGUCACCCUGCUUAAGGCCGGCACCUUUGAAGUCCUCAUGGUGCGCUUCGCGUCGCUGUUCAACGUGAAGGACCAGACCGUCAUGUUUCUGAGCCGCACCACCUACAGCCUGCAGGAGCUUGGUGCCAUGGGCAUGGGCGACCUGCUCAACGCUAUGUUCGACUUCAGCGAGAAGCUCAACUCCCUGGCGCUCACCGAGGAGGAGCUGGGCCUCUUCACGGCCGUGGUGCUGGUCUCGGCAGGUAGGUCCCGCUCCUGCCGGAGCCGGACCCGGGGAGGAGGCGGACGCAGUUGGAUUCAACACACCUUUUAUGGAGGACCUACUCUAUGCCAGGCCCUGCACUGGGCACUGGGGAUACAGACAUGAUUCAGACAGUCUAGCUGGGGAGACAGACUCAUACUCCACUAAAUAUAAAACAGUGAGAUAAGUGUCACAGUAGAAGCAUGAACCAAAGGCUUUGG